AUGGAAAAAACGGGACUCUACAGCCUCCUUUAUUACUUUAUUCUCAAUUCGCCCUUUACGAUUUGUGCAAAUGCUGCAUUUACUGAGGUCCCUAAAGAUGUGAGUGUGGGGGAGGGAGAUGAUGUGGAGAUGCCCUGCGCCUUCAAGGCUGUCAGCUCGGCACCCAUGUCUUUGGAGAUCCAGUGGUGGUACCUGAAGGAGGAUGUGCCUAUAGAACUGCCUCACGAGCUGCAGAUCAGUGCUCCGACCAACAGAGCCAAGGUUGGUUCGAGAGAAGCCACGAAAAUAAGUACUGUGCGUGUUCAGGGCAAUGCCAUCUCUCACCGCCUCAGUCUGUCCAAGGUGAAGAAGGAAGACGAGGGUGUGUACGAGUGCCGUGUUUCUGAUCUGUGGGCAGACGAGACUCAGGAAUUUACGGUUCACGCCACACUGCGAGUCACACCAGGUGACGGCAUGGUGGCAGAAGAGGCUGUGUCACACAUUCAGAACCGCUGGCCGCUGAGGAAUACCAACACAGCUCUGGGAGGAGGCACAGCAGGAAGGGCCACCUCCGAGCCUGGCCAGGGCCUGACAGGAGGUCAGAGGUCAGGGCAUGGGAAGCACCGGGUCCCUCAGCAGGCCCAGCCCGGCCUCCUCCCCUCCAUCUCAUCCACCACCACCACCUCGGUGGCCAAGUCCUCAGCCUCACCGCUGCCAGGGAAUGCAGCCAUCCUCCGGCAGCAGAACGGGGCUGACUGCAGCAUGAUGAGCACCAUGGACCCCCUCCUCUGCAUCACUCUACUGUUCCUGCAUAAGCUCCUCCCCUUACUGUUGGCCCACUGA